AUGGCGCUUCCCGCUCCUUCAUCUCCGCUGUCGUCACCUCCAAGCCAGACCAUACCCAGAGAAGUCUCAACGACACAAAGAGAUGUUCAAUACCGGCCAGCUAAGGGACUUCCUUUUGAGCUAGCGCAAAACGUGCAGACCUACUUUGAAGAGGGACUCUUCACCCAAGCCUUUAGCUUUCUCCUAUCAAUCACCGGCAACAGCGCGUCUCCUCUCGUGCGGCUGGGACCAGUGACAAUCCCACCACCCUCUCAACUCGCUCUUACUGCCACAUUGGUAGUCCACCCGACCAAUACAUCCAGGACCGACUCGCGCGAGAAGUGGAAUCAGGCCAACGCUGGUCUCCGACUACUCAGACUGGUCCACACCCUCGUCGGACCGAUCAAUGCCGAUUUCACUACGGCAUUUUCCUUCCGGAAAUUCGAUUUUCGAUUCUCACGUCGCAGUAAUCACCGUCUCGACGAUGACGAUGACGGCGCAGGAGGCGAAGGCGAUAACACGGCUGGCGAAGGUGAUCUGAAUACUCCCUAUGCCCGCUCGCAGAGUCUUUGGGCUCGCGCCGAAGAUUUCUGGCAACUAGUGGGCUGGGCAUUCAACUGUGCAUGUCAUCGUGGUAGUCAUGCCGAGCGAUGGAGUCACUACCAACUCCUCCUUGAGUUUCUUAUUGACGUGCUAGAAGAAGACUGGCAUCUCCGAAACACGUCAGAGAAUACUUCGGCCGACGAGUCCCUGCUCUGGCAGUAUAUCGAACUUUCCGCCGGUGGCCAUGCACGCGCGAGACGGAUCCUGCGAGCCAUUUUCGCGGAUGGGAGUCAGCGCUCGCUCAGCGAAUUUCGUGAAAUAUUCCCCCAUGAAUUGAAAGGACCCAGGCAGGAAGACGGGAAGAUCAAGAUGCGUGAAGUCGACGUCAAUAUUGACCAGGAUAUCUACGGUGACUACUCGGCGCAGGACGACUUGGACCUUUUCGAUGCUGCCGACGAUGCUGCCGACGAAGUCGCCAGCACUGGCACCGGAGCAAGUGGACGACCUUCAAAGCGCUUGCGGACACGAACACGAACCCCUUCAUUAACGGGACUAAAGUCAAAGUCUAGCGCAGGCAGUCUACGCAGCGCGUAUAGCGCAGACGACGGGGAGGACUCUCCUGGCACCCUGUCCACCAGCAGCCUCGGCGGCCCUUCUUGCCUCUCUCUUCGCCUCCGGUUAUUGAAGUUGCUCACCCACAUCUCCUCUCACUACAAUCUGAUGUCUACUUCGCCGACAACCUUCCCGGACCUGGAAGAGCUCUACACCCUUUUCGUGGAAUUCAUUCGCCCUCUUCCCCUCCCUGUGUUCGCGCACAUCGUCCUUCCCACCCCUUCCAAUCCCCUUGGACCAACAUCCUCGACGUGGUUGUGUGAAGCCCUUCUCCAACGCCUGCUCGAAACGUCCGCUCCGAGCAUCCGGAGCCACGUCUUGCUCUCCGGGAAAAAGCUCGAGCAAGAAUAUCUCCCGUUUGCUGCGUCCAAGAAUAGCGUCGACGCCAAUGCGAGAGUCAGCAUCUUGCUCGAGAGCUUAACCAGAUGUCUCGCGCGGACUGGACAUCUGAAUAAGACAGAGAGUCUAGCGCGCGCGGCCAGAACCGGCGUGGAGAAAAGGGUCGGCCGUAUGGCGGAUUUGGCAGAGAAAAAGGGAGGCAGUAAGAAAAAACUAGGAGACGAAGGCCUCGCGUGGGAAUGGCUCGUUGAGAGUGGGGAGAGGAUCACCCUACUGAUAGACGGUUUGGCGCUGGAGGAACGAAUAAGAGCAUGA